CGGGAAUCAAAAGUGAGUUGAACCGGUUAAACACAUUGAAUUAUUUUUUUUGUUCUUGAAAAUUCUAUUAAAAGUAUAAGAUGUCUCUUGCACAACAAUUAACAAUCGGCGGUACUCGAAGUUCAGGCCAGCCUGUUCGUACUCAAAAUGUCAUGGCUGCAUCUUCAAUUGCGAACAUCGUUAAGAGUUCAUUAGGACCAGUUGGACUUGAUAAAAUGCUUGUCGAUGAUAUCGGAGAUGUUACAGUCACGAAUGAUGGUGCAACAAUUUUGCGGCUUUUGGAAGUUGAACAUCCAGCUGCGAAAGUAUUAGUUGAGCUUGCUCAAUUACAAGACGAAGAAGUUGGAGAUGGAACAACAUCUGUGGUAAUUAUUGCUGCAGAACUGCUUAAAAAUGCAGAUGAGUUGGUUAAACAAAAAAUUCAUCCAACAUCAAUCAUUGCUGGUUAUCGUUUGGCAUGCAAAGAAGCUUGCAAAUAUAUAAACGAGCAUUUAACAGCACCAGUUGAUGAAUUAGGACGCGAUUGUAUUGUUAAUUGUGCUAAGACAUCAAUGAGUUCGAAGAUUAUUAGCGCAGAUGCUGAUUUCUUUGCAUCUUUGGUUGUUGAUGCUGCACAAGCAAUAAAAAUAACUGACUAUAAAGGAAAUCCAUCUUAUCCAAUUAAAGCAGUCAAUGUGUUGAAAGCGCACGGUAAAUCUGCUCGCGAAAGUACGCUCAUUCAAGGCUAUGCUCUUAACUGUACUGUUGCAUCACAACAAAUGCCGAAGAAAAUUACCAAUGCAAAAAUUGCAUGUUUAGAUUUCUCUUUGCAAAAGACAAAAAUGAAAUUGGGUGUACAGGUAUUAAUUACUGAUCCUGAAAAACUCGACGGUAUUCGUGCACGAGAACUUGACAUUACCAAAGAGCGUAUAGAAAAGAUUCUCGCAACUGGCGUUAAUGUUGUGCUUUGUACCGGUGGAAUUGAUGAUCAAUGCUUGAAAUAUUUCGUUGAGAAAAAUUGUAUGGCUGUACGUCGUGUAAAGAAAUCUGAUUUGAAGAGAAUUGCAAAAGCAACUGGCGCAUCAUUCUUGACAUCACUCACGAAUAUGGAUGGCGAAGAAAGCUUUGAUGCAUCAAUGGUUGGAGAAGCUGCUGAAGUCGUUCAAGAUGUUAUCUGUGAUGAUGAGCUAAUUUUGAUCAAAAAUCCAAAAGCAAGAACUGCUGCCUCGAUUAUUUUGCGUGGACCAAAUGAUUUCUAUUGUGACGAAAUGGAACGUUCAGUACAUGAUGCAUUAUGUGUCGUUAAGCGUGUUCUUGAAGGAAAGAAAGUUGUUGCAGGCGGUGGUUGUGUUGAAGCUGCAUUGAGCAUUUUCUUAGAGAAUUUUGCAACAUCAUUGAGCUCUCGCGAACAAUUGGCAAUUGCUGAAUUUGCCAAAUCAUUACUCGUUAUUCCAAAAACAUUAGCAGUAAAUGCCGCCAAGGAUGCAACAGAUUUAGUUGCUAAACUUCGCGCUUAUCACAAUUCAAGUCAAACGAAGAAAGAUCAUGCACAUUUAAAAUGGUAUGGACUUGAUUUGAUUGAAGGUGUUGUUAAGGAUAACAAGAAAGCAGGUGUUCUCGAACCGUCGAUCUCUAAAAUCAAGUCGUUGAAAUUCGCAACAGAAGCAGCAAUCACCAUUCUUCGAAUUGAUGAUAUGAUCAAGUUAAAUCCAGAAGAAAAAGGAGGCAGAAGUUAUGAAGAUGCUUGUGCCGCUGGCGAAUUAGACGGUUAAUUUAUUUAACUCCUUAUUUUACAUCUCAUUUUAAUUUAAUAAUAUUUUGUUUCUUUCGCAAUGUAUUACCUACUUACUAGCCUUUCAAAGAGAUUUUUAAUUCAAUAAUAAAUUGUUUUUUUUUUCCUUUCAUUAAAUUCAUGCUUUAACCGCCUAAUACCUAAGCAAAUUUCCUUAAUUCACCACUUUUUUUGCUAAAUUAACUUUGAACACACAUGAAUUGCAUUGUAAUAAAAUAAAAAAGAAUUUUUUCACAAA